UCUUAGAAAUGUUUCUUAAUUUUCCUUGCACAGAUCUAAAGGAGAUGGAUCUUCAGAUUUAUUUGUUCUCGUUGAGGCAAAUUGAAGCUGCUACAAACAAUUUUGAUGCUGCUAACAAGAUUGGAGAAGGUGGUUUUGGUCCUGUUUACAAGGGAAUUCUAUUAGAUGGCACUGUGGUCGCGGUGAAGCAACUCUCUUCUAAGUCAAAACAAGGGAACCGCGAAUUCCUAAAUGAGAUCGGGAUGAUUUCUACGUUGCGUCAUCCUUAUCUUGUGAGGCUGCACGGAUGUUGUAUCGAAGGAAAUCAGUUGUUGUUAGUAUACGAAUACAUGGAAAAUAACAGUCUUGCUAGUUCUUUAUUUGGUACUGAUGAUGGCCGUUUAUUCUUGGAUUGGUCAACAAGGUAUAAGAUCUGUAUUGGAAUAGCUCGUGGUCUAGCUUUUCUCCAUGAAGAAUCAAGACUAAAGAUUGUCCAUAGAGACAUCAAGGCUACAAAUGUGUUGCUUGAUAAGGAUCUUAAUCCCAAGAUAUCUGAUUUUGGUCUUGCCAAACUUAAUGAAGAGGAGAAUACCCACCUAAGCAGUAGAGUUGCCGGGACUUACGGAUAUAUAGCACCCGAGUAUGCAAUGCAUGGUUAUUUGACAGACAAAGUAGAUGUUUACAGUUUCGGAAUUGUUGCUCUAGAAAUUGUCAGUGGGAUAUGUAACACAGCUUAUAGACCAGAGGAGGAAUAUUUCUGCCUUCUUGAUUAUGUAAGUCAAAUAUGUGUACAUGUUUUGAGAGAAAAUGAAACUCUUACAAAUUUGGUAGAUCGAAAGUUAGGACUAGAUUUCAAGCCAGAUGAGGUGAUGGUGAUGACCAAUAUAGCUCUGAUUUGCACCAAUGUCACGGCUACUGCCAGACCAACCAUGUCUUCAGUUGUAAGCAUGCUCGAGGAUAGAAUAAUUCCUCAAGAGUUGCUAAAGGACUUGGACUCGAUUGCCAUAACUCGUAAACUGAAGAUGUUGAACAUGAUGAAUCAACAGCAACAAACGGAUGUGGAUACAGAUGAACUUACUGUUAAAUAUACAGAUAGUGGAAGACUUCUUACCCAUGGCUCCCAGAUUGAGCUCUACCAAAAUAAUACUACAUACAGAAAUACAUGUUAGAGAUAAUGGC